AUGACAUGCUACUUGUUCCACAUUGUAAGCCCAUCUCUGUCAGUUGCAAAUGCGCCGUGGCUUGCGAGCCGCUUAUCGCUCAUCGACCAAAGCCUUCUGAGAUCCAACAAAUCAGUCCCUAACAGCAGAAUUGUGGGCUUUAUCGAUGGCACGCACGUCAAGAUUGCGAGGCCGCAUGGAAGUUCUGAAUUGCAAAAUUCAGCGUAUAGCGGGCAUCAAAAAACUCAUAUCUUGAAGUAUCAAGCGGUGACAACGCCUGAUGGUAUUUGCAUAGAUUUAGCAGGACCCUUCGCUGGUAGUCAGCACGACUCCUUUCUUUUAGCAAAUAGCGGCUUAUACGGAAGAUUGAAGCCAGCUCUAAAGAUCAGUAGCGUUCAAUACAGAAUAUACGGGGAUCCUGCGUAUCGGAGUUCUGACGUGCUCACGGUGGGCUUUAAAGGACAGAAUCUGACAGCUGCCGAAAAAAACUACAACAAAACCCUGGCGAAAUCUCGUGUUUCGAUAGAGUGGUUUUUGGUGCGGUAAAGAACAACUUCCAGAUUUUCAAUGCCCUGGGAAAACUGAAAGUAGGUAGAGUGAGAUUUUGCGGUGCGUACUUUACCAUCGCUGUCUUUCUGACAAACCUCAAACAUUGUCUAGAAGGAUCGCAAGGAUCCAAGUACUUUGGUAUUGACCCACCAUCCUUCGAGGAAUUCACGAGUAGGCUCAAAUUUCCAAAAUAUUUUGACAAUUUUAUUAUCGAUAAUCAAGGAGAGGGCACUUACUACUCUAGACAGUAUGAGCACUUAAGCUUUGAUCAACUGGAAAACCUUGCUUGA